CGCAGAACAGACUUCGGGAUCCUCCCCCCCUCGCGUCGGGACCCACGCCUUCUCUCCCUCCCACCGCAGAUCUACCCCAGCCCCAUCAUCAGUUCCAAUGGGCCCGGCGACGAUAAACUCUUCCGGAGCCAAAGUGCGGAUAUGGAGAUGACGACGGAAAGGGAGCGGGUCAAGAAGAUGCUCUCGGAAGGGUCUGUGUGCGAAGUCCAGUGGGAAGCUGAGUUUUUCACCCUGCAAGACAGUAACAGCAAGCUGGUCGCCGCUUUGCACGAAGCCAACGCCAACGUGGAGCAGUGGAAGAAACAGCUUGCGGCCUAUCAGGAGGAGACAGAAGCGCUGCGGCUUCGAGUGGCAGAGCUGGAAGCCCAAAGAGACCACGAUCCCUCAGGCGAGACCAAGGAGGAAGCCAGUCCGGCUCUGGAGGAACUGGAACAGUUGGUGAAAGCCAAAGACGAGGAACUUCAGCAACUGAAGAGCCAGAAAGGGGGACGAUGGGAAGGCAACGAAGAGAGCGAGGAAACCUUUCAGAAGGUGCAGGACCUGGAAAGACGAAACAAGGACCUGGAGCACCGCUUGCGGCUGGCCGAGCAGACGCUGUCCGAGACUCUGGCCGAGCGGGACAAGAUGUACCACGAGGUGUCCAAGGUGGCUGAGAUCAUGGACAUGAAGAUCUUUGAACUGAGCGAGCUGCGGCAGGACUUAGCCAAGCUGGUGGAGAGCAACUGAGCCCCGGGGUGGCUGCGGCGGGGGGGGGGGAGCCCACCUGAGUCCGAGAGGUACCCCGACAGGAUCCUCUCUCAAACCUGGGGUCCUGGUUGGGGUGUGUGUGUGGACUGGUGAGAGGCGGGCGGCUGGGGGAUGCUUCGCACUGAAGCCGCACCCCUUUCUUCUCCACGAACGGUCCUUGGAGAGGCAGCUGUGGAGGAGGAGGCAGGUCCUCGACUCCAAGCUGGUUCCCUCAGCCUCGGUUUCCCUUUCGGAUGCUUCCAUUUCUACGGGCGAAGUGUCCUUCUUCUUCUUCUUCUUCUACCCCAGGGAGGUUCUCCCCCCAAUAGUUUUGAUAGAGAACUCUUCCCCUCGGCCUGCCUUUACCAGAAAACGCGCCGGCUGAGUCAGAGCGUUCCUGUCUUUCCGGGGAAAGCCAUCUUUUUAAUCAGGUUGCUUUUUAUAGAUUACUUCCCGGUGUGGCCAGACAACCCAGGCGGGAGGCCUCGGAUCUCUCCAUUCUGGAAGAAAAAGAGGGGGGGACUCUCUCGCUGGGUUCUUCCCCCCCACACACCCCGAUUGUACGCCUUUUCUUCAUAGCGAGCAGUGACUUUCUGUUUAGUGGGUUGGGCAAAUCCGUUCCUGUGCUGUUGGGCCGGCGGAGAGAGGAGA